AUUUUUUUCCGACGGCAUGGGCUCGGAGCGGCUCCGCGGGCCGGCUGUGGAGGCGCUGCGGGCCAGCGGCAAAGGGCGGCUCCGCUACUUCCCGCACUGGAGCGCCGAGCAGGGGCAGGAAAUCUUGGAGGGCUAUCGAUCGCCCCCGGAGCUGUCUCCCCACGCUGGAUGGGUCCUUGGAAGAAUUGCCCCAUUGCCUCGCGAGGAGAUGCCGGAGGGAUCAGCGCCUGGCGAAGCCGCCCUUCCCAAAGCUGCGCCCGCGCUCCCUGUUUCACCGUGCGGAGUGACCGCCCCCCAUGCGGAAGCGCCGAGCGUCACGCAGUGCCGCGAGAAGCGGAGGGAUCCGAAAGGCCCCGGGAUCGAGGGCCUGCUGCGCUUGUACGAACGGAUCCUGGCGGCGGAGGGCGAGGUGAGUGGGAUCAUCUCCAGAUCUUUCUGGAGGAGCUGGAACGCCGCCUGGAGUUGCAGGAUCGGGCCGGCCGGGCGGCUUGGGGCGAAUCCUGGGAACUGCUGAAGCGCUUUGACGAGUUGAGGGAGCUGAAGUACCACCAGGAAUGGCAGCAACUGCGGCAGGAAGUGGAGAAGAGCUCCAAAGAAGCCCAGGGCCAGCAGGAGAAGCUCAAAGAGGAGCACCAGCUCCGGGCAAAGCUCCUGAGCCGGAAGCUGCGCGAGGCGGAGCAGCGGCGCCUCCGCCAGGAAGAGGUGGAGUCCCAGCGUCGGGAAGAGGGCCAGGGGCGGCUCCGGCACCUGUACGCCGUCCAGGAAGAACUCCUACAGAUCAACCAGAGCCUCGGCGCCGACUGCCGGCAACCUGGCCUCCCCGCCAACUUGGCCGGCUAUGCCAACCGCGGCAACCAGAUCUGCGGGGAGGUCUCGGCCCUGGUGCGGCUGGCCAGCGAGAGAGGAUUCCCGGAUCCGGCCGAUGUGGCCGCGGCUGACCAAGCGCUCCUGGAAAUGCGGAGCCUCGUUUCCAGGUUGCAGGAAGAGCUCUCGCUCGCCGCAGAACAGAGGAAGCGUCAGGAGGAAGUGGCGGCGGUGGCGGCCCAGGCGGAGAAGGAAAAAAACGAGAAAAUGCCCAGCCAGAAGCCAGAAAAAGCCCCCAUCCCGGAUUCCGGAAAGGCCCGGAGAAAUGGGCUCCAGGCGAAGCCCGACGAAAAGACCCUCCAGUGGUACCAGCAGCUUCAGCACCAGUUGGACCAGUGCGUGGUUUCCUUUGGUUGCCUGACCAAUAGCAAAGACAGCCAGGAGAAGAAAAUAAAGAUGGAUCUACAGAAAGCCGUCACCACCCCUGUCAGUCAAAUCUCGACCAGAGCAGGAUCCCAGCUGAAGGAGAUAUUUGACAAAAUCAACGCUCUCCUCUCUGGAAAACCCGUCCGAUCGGGAGGUCAGAGCGUAUCCGUCGCUCUGCAUCCCGAAGGCCUCAACUUUGCCUAUUACAAACUAGCGGAAAAAUUUGUGAAACAAGGAGAGGAAGAGGUGGCUUCCCACCACGAGGCGGCCUUCCCCAUUGCCGUGGUGGCGUCCGGGAUCUGGGAGCUCCACCCCAAGGUGGGCGACUUCCUGCUGGCCCACCUCCACAGGAAGUGCCCCUACGCUGUUCCUGUCCGCCCGGCGCUCCAGGAAGGGGCAUCCCCGGAGGAUUACCGGAGGCUCCUGGGCUAUCAGGCGCAUGAUUCGAAACUGGAGGCUCAGGACAACUUCCUGAAGCGGAUGUCUGGAAUGAUCCGGUUGUACGCCGCUAUCCUUCAGCUCCGCUGGCCGUACGGUGACGGACAAGGGAACCACCCGCACGGACUCAACCAGGCCUGGCGCUGGCUGGCCCAGAUCCUGAACUUGGAGCCCCUGGCCGACGUGACGGCCACAGUCCUCUUCGAUUUUCUGGAGGUCUGUGGCAACGCUCUCAUGAAAGUCUACCAGGCCCAAUUUUGGAAGAUGAUCAUCUUGAUCAGAGAAGAGUAUCUCCCAAGGAUCGAAGCGAUCACCGGCGCUGUGGAAAUGGGCUCGUUCAUCAGGCUGAAACAGUUUCUGGAGGAAUGCUUGCGGCGGAAUGAGAUCCCCCUCCCCAAGGGAUUUCUGCCCCCAUCCUUUUGGAGGUCGUGACCCUGCCCCCGGGUUUCCUGGGCCUUCCGGAAUAUUCCUGAGCCGUUGGCUGGAAAAUAUAGAAACCAACCCAUAGCGCCCAAAUCCAGAAUCUGCUUUUUUCUGUACGGGAUUUUCCCAUUUCCACUACUCCUCCAAAAAUUUGCAUUCCUCGCCGCCAAUCAGAUCUGUGUUUGCAAAUCGGAAUUAUUCUGUCCCCGUUACCAAUCAGAUCCCGAGUUUUCCAAAUUUCCACCCUGCCGUCGAAUUUGUCAUUUUUUUUUCUGGGUGGGCGGAUGACAAAAUAUGAUUUUUCGCAGCUUUUCCUUGGAAAUUUAAUUGGGCAUCCCAUUUUCUCUGAACCUGGAGGGUUCCCUGAUUCCCACCUUUGUCUUGUUUUUCCUUAUGGAAGCAGGCCUUCCUGAAUGUUCCUAGUUUUCUGAACUGUCCAAAAUUUAAUAGUUUUAAUUUCAAAUUUAAUGUUAAAUUUUAAUAUAAAAAUUAAUUUUAAAUUUCAUUUUUAAAUUGAAUAAUUGAAUAAAUUGAAUAAUUUAAAAAUGAUUUCUAAUUAUAAAUUUAAUUUUCAAAUUAAUUUUAAUUUUAAAUUUAAUUUUAAAUUAUAAUUUUAAUUAAAUUAAAAUUAUUAAAUUUUUGACGGUUCAGACAUUUAGGACAAAUCAGGAAUUUUAAUCUUUAAAUUUAAUAAUUUUGAUUUUUGUUUCUGACGUGAUCUGACACGAUGAGGUUUUCCACCAUUCCCGAUGUGAAUCGUAUCCUUCGGACUUGGAAAAAAAUAAUGGACCCCCCCCCCCCCAUUUUUGGAGGAUAUUAUUGGAAUACGCCUAAGAACUGUUUGGAACAUUAAAGUUGAUUUUAUUU